AUGGACAAGACCCAAGAGCCUCUGGCCAUGACUGUCCACCUCCUUGCCAACUCUGGGCACGGUGCCCUUCUGCAACAAGCUCUGGACCAGCUCCUGGUUGACAUUUGCCCUGAGGUCCGUCUCUUUAUGGUGACAGAGCGGGUCAGUCCAGUGAGAAACUAUGACAAGUGGCACCCCAAGCGGUCCCGGUUCCCAGGGAUGUCCGUUCUGCUCUUCCUGCACGAAAGCCUCGGACAGGAGCGGCUGUUGCGAGUCCUUGACUCCCUGCGGCAGUGGCCCUGGCAGUGCCAUCCUGCCCUGGGCGUGCAGGGAAGCCCGUGUCCCCACGUGCUUGCGGGUCAGGACUUCUACAGUCUGGACAGUCACAUGCCCGUCUGGGGCGUGAGGCAGGUGCACUGGGGCACCGAGAUCCUGAGAGUGAUGCUCUACUGCACCUUCGAUAACUACGAAGACGCCAUCAGCCUGUACGAGAUGAUCCUGCAGAGAGAAGCCACCUCGCAGAAGAGCAACUUCUGUGUGUUCGUGCUCUAUGCCACUGAGAACUUCACCCUGCAGCUCUCCUUGAAGCAGCUGCCCCUCGGCAUGUCGGUGGACCCCAAAGAGUCUUCGGUGCUGCAGUUCAAGGUUCAGGAGAUUGGCCAGCUGGUGCCUCUCCUACCCCAUCCGUGCGUCCCCAUCAGCCGCAGCAGGUGGCAAACGCAGGACUACGAUGGCAACAAGAUCCUGCUUCAGAUCCCAUCGAGUCCAGGACCUGGUGUCAGGACCGGCGAGCUCUCCUCUCCGAAUGGCACCUCCGGAGCUGACACCCUUCCCCCGGGCUCCAGGGUGACCUCCGUCCCCAGCAGGAGGAGCCUGGAGGUGAGAAGGCGAAGGAGCCGGGGCAGGCGGUUCAAGGUGGCUUCUCUGGAACUCCCCGAGCCCAGCGGGAGCCCAGCCUCGGGCACCUCAUGGCGAAGCCCUGGCUGCUCAUCCCAGGCCAGCAGCCCAGCCACGGAUGCCCAGCUGCCUCUGUGCUCUCCCCACCUCGAACCCGGGGCCAGAAGGAAGGUCUUCAGUCGGGAAAACAGCUUUGAGAAGCUGGAGGCAGAGACCAAUGUUGACACAGGGUGCCCCGUGGUCAACUCUGAACCCAGGCGAUCUUUUCUGAGCAGAUUCCCGAGGGAUCUGCAGACCCACCGGCCACCGCCAGCCUCCUCUUUAGGGGCAGUCGCCUCCAAAAACAACAGAAUCUUGAAGGCAAGCAUCCAUCCUUUGUCACUUGCUGGCCAAAGGGACCUUGGUGCAAGGAAGGUAAUCUCGAAGUGUCCCCUUCAUCUGCCAGUUCAGGGUGAAGCAAAAGAAGGAGGAGAAGAAGAAUUCUUUAUAUAG